CGCCUUGAUAUCUCCGCCUUCCUUUCUAUUUUACACUCUCACGUCGCCUCUUUCUCUCUGUCUGUCUCAUCAAUUUUUCUCUCUGUCUCUGGAUCUAUAUUUCUAUACUUACAAUGCAGUCAGCUAUCACUCUCCCCUUCUCCCAGACGUCCCUUACCAGACCCAACCCCGUGCUCGGAUCAACCGCUUCCGCCUUUUCUACGCCGAGGAGUCUCCGGUUCUGCGGACUCCGGCGUGAGGCGUUUGGCUCCUCGCCUUCGAGUCAUUUAUCUCUGCGCAGUGACCGAGUUCGCACCCCAAGCAUCAGGAGAUUCCAAGUCUCCUCCGCUGCUAGCUCAAGUAACGGCGCUCCCCCCAAGAGUUUCGAUUACGAUCUGAUCAUCAUCGGAGCUGGUGUUGGCGGCCACGGAGCUGCCUUACACGCCGUUGAAAAGGGACUUAAAACAGCCAUCAUUGAAGGAGAUGUUGUUGGAGGGACUUGCGUUAACAGAGGCUGUGUGCCUUCCAAAGCUCUUCUUGCUGUUAGUGGUCGGAUGCGGGAGCUCCAGAACGAGCAUCACAUGAAGUCCUUUGGUCUUCAGGUUUCAGCUGCUGGGUAUGAUCGUCAGGGUGUGGCAGACCAUGCUAAUAACCUGGCUACCAAAAUUCGAAACAAUCUUACCAAUUCAAUGAAGGCACUCGGUGUUGACAUUUUGACUGGAUUCGGAAGUGUUCUGGGCCCACAAAAGGUUAAAUACGGGAAGGACAAUAUUAUCACUGCCAAAAAUAUAAUCAUUGCCACUGGAUCUGUGCCUUUUGUUCCCAAAGGAAUUGAAGUUGAUGGAAAGACUGUAAUCACCAGUGACCAUGCCUUGAAGUUGGAGUCUGUCCCAGAUUGGAUUGCUAUUGUAGGAAGUGGUUACAUUGGUCUUGAGUUCAGUGAUGUUUACACAGCACUUGGAAGUGAGGUAACGUUUAUCGAAGCACUGGAUCAGCUAAUGCCUGGAUUUGAUCCUGAGAUCAGUAAGCUAGCUCAGAGGGUUUUGAUAAAUCCUAGACAGAUUGACUAUCAUACUGGAGUCUUUGCUAGCAAAAUCACUCCUGCAAAGGAUGGGAAACCAGUUAUGAUUGAGCUUAUUGAUGCCAAAACCAAAGAACAUAAGGAUACCUUGGAGGUAGAUGCUGCUCUUAUUGCUACUGGAAGAGCUCCAUUCACCAACGGUCUUGGCUUGGAAAAUGUCAAUGUUGUGACGCAAAGAGGUUUCAUUCCGGUUGAUGAGCGAAUGCGUGUGAUCGAUGGAAAUGGGAAACUGGUUCCGAACUUGUACUGCAUCGGUGAUGCCAAUGGUAAACUCAUGCUUGCACAUGCAGCCAGUGCCCAAGGAAUAUCUGUGGUUGAGCAAGUCACAGGUAGAGAUCAUGUGCUUAAUCAUCUAAGCAUCCCAGCUGCUUGCUUUACUCAUCCUGAAAUUAGCAUGGUGGGAUUAACAGAGCCACAAGCGAGAGAGAAAGGAGAGAAGGAAGGAUUUAAAGUUAGUGUUGCCAAGACGAGUUUCAAGGCUAACACAAAGGCCCUAGCUGAAAACGAAGGAGAAGGAAUAGCAAAGAUGAUAUACCGACCUGACAACGGUGAAAUUCUAGGAGUUCAUAUCUUUGGGCUGCAUGCUGCUGACCUUAUCCAUGAAGCAUCCAAUGCCAUUGCUCUUGGAACACGCAUUCAGGACAUAAAAUUGGCAGUUCAUGCGCAUCCAACAUUGUCUGAGGUUCUCGACGAACUGUUCAAAGCAGCCAAGGUUGAGGAGGAUCACGCAACAACAAGGACAGGAGAUGCGAAGAUAAAGAAGCUAAACACGAACGAGGAUGAUCCAAGAAGAGGGAGAAGAGAUGAUGAGAAACAACAACCUUCGGUUAGUAAAGACUUGGUUGUUAGAUCCACAAGCCUGUCUUCUUUCGUUGAGGAUAUUUAUGCUCGAGUCUUGUCUUUGGUUUCACGUGUAUUUGUUUAACUGUUUCGAAUAUGCUUUUUUUGUUUUUGUUUCUUUUGGUUUUCGUGUGAAAGCUAUUAUUUAGUUUGGCUA